AUGGGUACUGCUAUGGGGCUGGCUAUGGGAUCCAUCGCUCUCAUGGCUCUUUUCGGGACACCUAUCAGCGGUCAGCUUGUGGGCCAAUACAGCUAUCUGGCGUUGAGCAUGUUUUCGGGGGCUACAUUGGUUGCUGGCUCAGCCUUGAUUGCAUAUGCUCGAUUCUUUCAGAAUAGGAGACUGUUUGCAGUGGUCUAG